AUGGCUGAUGCCGCAAUAGAAGACGACGAUGAAGCGGUAGUUGUGUUCAAUGCGCCCGUCGUCGAGAAUAAAGAAGAUUGCUCAACUUCAGGCUUGGUAGAUGGUGAAUAUGUUGCGGACACGGGCGUGGAUGUGAGAAGUGAUGCGACUGAAGAAGUAGACAACGAUGUAGGCGAUGAAGCGGCGGACGAGGUCGUGUUGACAUCCUUUGUCGCGGCCGUUUCACUCUGCGGCAGAACAGGAGAGGACUCAAGGGAAGACGAAUAUACUGGUGAUGACGAUGUGGGUGAUGAUAAACUAGAAGGUGAAGUGGAAUUGACGUUGUCAGUUGUGUUGGACUGGGUCUGCGACGUGGUUGAUGCCGUGAUUAGUGUAGCUGAUGAUAUGCUUGACGGUGUGCUUGACGAUGCACUUGAUGUCGUGGUUGAUGUAGUUGACGAUGCGCUUAGCUCUGUGAUUGACGAUGUAGCUGAUGAUAUGGCUGAUGAUGUGCUUGGCUCUGUGGUUGACAACGUAGCCGGCGAUGUAGCUGACGAUGUAGUUGACGAUGCGCUUGGCUCUGUGGUUGACGACGUAGCUGGUGAUAUGGCUGACGAUGCGCUAGACGAUGCAGUUGACGCCGUGAUUAGUGUAGCUGAUGACAUGCUGGACGGUGUGGCUGAGGAUGCAGUUGACGGUGUGCUUGACGAUUCACUUGAUGUCGUGGUUGAUGUAGUUGACGAUGCGCUUAGCUCUGUGAUUGACGAUGUAGCUGAUGAUAUGGCUGAAGAUGUGCUUGGCUCUGUGGUUGACGUAGCUGAUGAUAUGGCUGACGAUGCGCUAGACGAUGCAGUUGAUGCCGUGAUUGGUGUAGCUGAUGAUAUGCUUGACGGUGUGGCUGACGGUGUAGUUGACGGUGUGCUCGACGAUGUGCUCGGCUCUGUGGUUGAUAUAGCUGACGAUGUAGCUGAUACGGCCGACGAUGAGCUUGGCAAUGCGCUAGACGAUGCACUUGAUGCCGUGACGGAUGUAUCUGAAGACGUAGCUGACGACGUAGCUAAUGAUAUGCUUGAUGUCGUGGCUGACUCUGCAGUUGACAAUGUAGUCGACGACGUGGUUGGAGACGUACCAGGAGCUGCGGUAGAGGAUAAACGUAUCGAGCUAGCAACAGACACAGACGUUGUAGAGGACGCGGCCAACGAUGUAGACGACUCGGAACUAGAGGAUGAAGUAACCCUGACGUCCUGUGUUGUCGUCGACUGA